UGGCGGUGGCCGGGUUUCUGGUCUCAGGUGGUCCUGCUCCUGUGGGUGCUGUGUGGGCUCACAGCGGCGUCACUGGGGUUCCUGAACCUGGAGGAGCUGACGGAGAUGAAGUACGGCAUAGAGAUCCUGUCCGAGCCGGUGAUAAGGGGGCAGAGCAAAGCUGACAACAUUGUUACAAUUGCCUCAAAAUACAAGCAGAAUUAUGAAUGUAAACUCCCAGCAAUUGCUGUAAAAUUUCAGCAGGAAAAGGAGGAAGACACUCAGGCCUACUCUGGACUCGGAAUUUCUGAUCUCCUAAAACCUAUGGAAGCUGCACCAUGCCUAACCAAGACCAAAGACUGGUGGACGUAUGAGUUCUGCUACGGAAAACAUUUACAGCAAUACCAUAUAGAAGAGUCUGAAGUAAAGGGAGAUGUCUUGUACCUUGGGUACUAUCAGUCAGAAUUUGACUGGAACAAUGAAACUGCAAAGGCUUCUAAACACCACAAACUAAAGCGCUACCACAGUCAGAUGUAUGUGAAUGGUUCUAGAUGUGAUUUGAAUGGGAAGUCAAGAGAGACGGAGGUUAGGUUCAUGUGUGAAGAAGGUUCUGGAGACUACAUUGCACGAGUGGAUGAGCCCCAGUCUUGUACAUAUGUUCUGACUGUACAUACCACUCGCAUCUGCAAUCAUCCCUUCCUGCGCCCUCCUUCUACAGGCACCCCACAGUCCAUAAGGUGCCACCCUGCUCUCAGCCCUGAGCAGUAUGUUGAAUAUGUUAAAGCGCAAGUCUCUGACACAAAGCGCAUUGUAGAGGAAUUGUCAGAAGAAUUGAAAACACUCGAUCUUAAAACAUUGCCAAACAAAGGUUCCGCUUCCUCUGAUCGAGAGAAGCUCCUGAAUAUAGCAGAAUCUGUAGAGGGACAUCCACAAGAGGAGAGCGUUGAAGAUUCUGCUACAGUUGAGCAGGAUGAAAGUGGUGCGACUCUAGAGCAAGAAGAAGCAGAGAUCUGGAAUAAAAUAAGUCAGCCACAGGAUGCAGAAACACAGAUGUCAGACACUGAACCCACGCAAGGAGUAUUCCCCAAUCAUAACAAUCCAGCUGAAGGGACACAAGGUACACACAAGACUCUCCGCUACAGAAUAUUAAGAAAUCAAGAAGACUUGAUGAAGUUUCUUGAAGAUUUAAAGAAAAACGAAAAGGAUGAAGACAAACUUGGCUCUGAGAACAAAGAGGCACAGAGUGAAACAGAAUCGAGUACAGUUGAUGAGCUGAAAGAUACUGAGGAUGAAGAUGAACAGGCUCUCAUGCAGGAAUUUGAGAAAGAGUUAGAAAACUUCCUUCUACCCAAGUCUGAUGUAUCUCAAAUUAAGGACAAUGUGAAAACGGAAAUGGAAAAGGAAUUUAACAACAUUAUCGAUGAGGCUCAGGAAGAGUUGGAAACAGAAGGUUUGAAGGGGGAGUUUGACAGAAAGCAAGCCACUAAAUCACUAGCCACCACAUUAAACAAAUUAAUAGAUAAAUUGGACAAUGCUGCAGAGGAUAAGGGAGAAGAGACAGAGCCUGGGGAAAGCAAUGAAAUCAUGACGCAAGGCAAUAACAAGGAGCAUGCUGCCAAAGCCCCAACUGAUGACCAUUCGGAUGGCCGUGUAAAAGUCAGGGUCACUAAGAUACGGAGGGGCAGCUCUGAGCAUACCGAGAGGAGGUUGAAGGAAAUGAGCAGUGAAAACCCACAGAUGAAACUCAUUGAAAAUGUUGUAAAAGAUCUGCUUGAAAAGGAAGGCCUGAAGGCACAAGGCAAAAUAGAGAUAAAAAUCCUAACUGGGGGUUUUGGAGAAGAUGAUGAUGGACACUGGCUUUCAGAAGAGGAUACGAAGAACCUGAAAGAGAUCUUUUUUAACUUACUGAUUCAUGGCACAGAAGAUGCACACAAAGAACAAAAGAGACAACAGCAGCUAGAAGAUAAUUACCGAUUUGUCUGGAACCAAAACCAGGAUGACACAAAGAGCAACAGUGCUUCUACGGACUCUGAUGAUGUGGAUUUCUAA